CUCUUCUUUACUUGUAUAUACUGCUAUGGGUUAUGCAACCUUAGACGCCGCACUUGCUUUUCCAAACAAUGUGCCACCUACCAAAUCGCACAUUGUUAUAACCGACACACUUAAAUCGAACGGAAACUUUUUGAUUCAUCACUUCGUGGGCAACCACCUCAAAGCAGAUCGACACGUUAUCCUGAUCGGCCUGUCUCAAAUCUUUAACCAUUACUUUCUCAUUGGCAGGAAACUGGGUAUCAACCUACAAGCGUACAAACAGUCGGGCCACUUUAGCUUUGUCGACGGCUUAACACAUAUCAAUCCAUACACACAAGGGUCACCCUACCCACCCAAGGGCACGCCUAGCACACCGACGGAUACGCUUGAUGGAUCUUCACAGCCAAGCAACACCAACGUCCUCUUGUCGUUCUACCAAGUUAUUCGUCGCCAUAUUUUACAAAGCAAGACACAUCCACUAUUAAUUCUGGACGAUGCGAGCGUGUUGCUGAUAACGGGCUAUGGACUUGAUUCGGUAUGCCAAUUUUUGCACAAACUCAAGGUUUUAAUGGCCAGUGUCGGUGGCACCUUGAUUACAGUAGUCCAUGCAGACGAAGAAGGAGCCGAUGAUACAGAGCAGGACGCGUUUGUAAAGUCUGUCGUUGCGAAUAGUGAACUUAUUCUACAGGCAGAGGCUUUGGGAAGUGGUUUAGCUCGGGAUAUCCAUGGACAGCUAUCCAUCUUGCAUGGCCCACAAUAUGUACCCAAAUCGACAGUUACAGCGGCUCAGGAACUGCAUUACAAGAUUCUGGAUAACAAUGCAGAAUUUUUUGCAAAGGGCAUAUCACAAGUGUAGAAUAAAAGCUGAUAGUUCAUCCACAAGAGCAGGACAUAUUUCUGCAUCUAUGGUUUACGCUGUUUAUCCUUCAGCCAAGUCAACCUCUUGUGUAUUCUUUCAAAUUAAAAAGAAACCAGGACCGUAUCCUACAUGCGCAUAUCUGUAAUGUACAAACUAGCCUUGACAAGCUGUUGGCGCGCAACAUUCCUACAUAUCACAUUUUGAUUUUCCACAAUGACUUCAGACUUUUCCAUACCCAUUGGAUGGCCAAAGCCUCUCAUGGAGCUCAUGGUGCAAUUGUGGAUUGUUCUCUCUACUUUAAAAUCAAUUAAAUGUUCAUUUUUACCUCAUAACGAAAAUGCUCAAUAAAUUCCCCAAACCAGUGA